AAUACAGAGACUCUUGGUUACUUAACCCUAUUACAGAAUACUACUAUAUCUUCUGGUAGCCAGAAUCAAUAUCUUAUCAAUACCCUUAAGCCUUACAGCAAGCCAGACUUUCUCCGCCUAGUUGACCCUCUACUAAUCCCUAACUUACUUCUAUACGUUGGCCCUAAUCGCAGAAAAGAAUAUCUACUAUAUAACAAUAUGGUACAUAACGACUGGUCUUCCGAUAAAGAAAGGUUACUAAGGGACUUCUACAAUAAAGAAGCAUUUAGGUACUACAAACUAUAUCCGGGUAGGGCAGGGCAAAGGAGGCUUAGGGAUUUCUCAGUUUUUAAAAACAAAGCUCCCGGGCUUAGCAAGAUUAUCCGUAUUACCCGUUUAGCACCCUCUAAGCCCUUAAUACCCUCUGCUAAAACGAUACGUCGCCGCUUACACUCUAUCCUUUCGCUUACACUUAACUGCUGGACGUUACCCUAUAAUCAGAUAUUUAUGAUUCUGGAGCAAUAUCAGAUUAAAGAUCAGAUUUAUAGAAUUACCACCGACAACAGUCUGCUACCUAAUAUAACUAUUAUCCGGAUUCUCUGUCUUACAUACGUUAUCCAGCUGAGUUUAAAUAAGCUUCUUAGGAAACUAAAGCAAUACUCAAUAAGAUUUAAUAUCUGGCUAUAUACGUUAAUACCAGUCCUUAACGUCAACUCUACCUUCUUAAUGCUUCGCCGGGCUAAGCAAAUUCGCCUAUUAUUUAAGCCUUUCUGUAAGGAAUAUAAUUAUACAGAGAUACUCUUGACUAAUGAUAAGUAG